AUGGCGUAUUUGAUCCGUGCCUUUACUACCAUCGCCGCUCACUCGUCGCUUUCGCGCUCGCCUUUCACUACAACCCUCCCAUUCCGUCGCCCUCCCCUUCUCACGUUCUUUGGCCCUCGAUCUCGAUUUCUCUGCUCUCCCAUCGCUCUCACUUCCUCUGCUCUCCCAUCACUCUCACUUCCUCUGCUCUCCCGUCGCUCUCACUUCCUCUGCUCUCCUCCCGCCCCUGCCAUCAUUUCCCUUCUCGUCAAGUCGCCCUCGUCCUUUCCCGUCCAGUCCAGUCGCCCUUGUCCUUUCCCUUCCCAUCCCGUCGUUUUCACAAUUUCCCUUCUCAUCCCGUCGCUUUCGUCCUUUCCCUUCCCGUCCCGUCGCUUUUGUCCUUUCCCUUCCCGUCUCGUCCUACCAUCUUUCUGGUGUUCUUCGCUCCCCUCCCAUCGCCCUCGAUUUCUCCGCCCCCCUCCCAUUACCCUCGCUGUCGUCUCUCCUUCCCAUUGCCUUCCCUCCCCCCGUAUUUCCCCUUCCCUUACCCGUCGCUCCCUUCCCGUCUUUCUUUCUCUCGUCGUUCCCUCCCCGUCGCUCUCUGUAACUCUCCCCUUCCUUCCCGUCGCUCUUGCUCUCUCUCCUACCUUUCCGUCGCUCUUUCUCUCGUCGCUCCCUUCCUGUCGCUCUUUCUCUCGUCGCUCCCUUCCUGUCGCUCUUUCUCUCGUCGCUCCCUUCCCGUCGCUCUCUCUCUCGCCGCUCCCUUCUGGUCGCCCUCGAUGCACGCGUCCUCUCACACCCCCCAUCCCCCACCCCAUCGCCUUCCCGCUCGCCACGAAACGCCAUCCCAUCCCCCACCCACUUUCUCCACCCACUUCCGUCCCGUCCCGUCCCGUCGCCCUCGUGCCUUUUCUCCCUCCCGCUCGCUCCCGCGCUUUCGCACUCGCCCAUCCCAUGCCAUCCCGUCGCCCUCGUGAUCUCCCUUCCCGUCGCCUUCGCGCUCGCCCUGAAACGCCCAAUCGCGCCCUGCCUCUCUCCCUCCCAUCACCCAUCUCGCCGGCCUCGAGCUCGCCACGAAAUGCCCUCUCAUCUUCUUUUAAUCUCUCACCUCCCAUCCCGUCGCCCUUCGUGUCCCCGCUCGUCCCGUCACCCUCAUUUUUCCCCCUUCUUCCCGUCCUUCUCGUUUCCGCUCUCGCCCCGUCGCCCUCGUGCUCUUCCCUCUCGUCCCUUCCCUUCACCUUGGAACUCUACGUUUUUUCUUGUGUAUGUUUUUUUUCCCAUGGCAGUUGUUCUGUGUGA